UCCCAACCUCCUCCCUUAUGAUGGCAGUGCCUUGCACUCUGCAAGUCUUCUUCAUCAUGGACACAUUAAGAACCAUUCAACAUCAUGGAACCCAUUGACAAAAUUAAGCCACAAUGAGAUGACAAUUCAACAUGAGGUGGCGGCCACAAAUCCUCCGUAUACCACUAACUUCGUCAACAGAUGUAUAUUCGUCAAGAUGUGUUGAUGGCAGCUUCCGGGAAAAUCCGAGCUUGUGGGUAAGUUGGAAAUUGUCUGCAAAUGGCCAAUUUUAAACACCCAUUUGGUCGUCUCGUGAUAAAUUCUCGUAUCUUUCCAGCCGGUCUUGAACGAUUAGACAGCAAACCAGCAAUUUCCUCCCAAUUUCUCAAAUUUAACGGCCCACGAUUUCUCAGCAGGCCGGCGGUGCACAAGCUAUAAAAUUCAUCCCCAUUUCAAAUGCUUCACAGUUCAACUCUGUUUGGAGAAUUCAAUCAAAAGUUUUAAGCUUCGAUUCAGCAAUUCAAUUCGGGGUCUUCAAUGGCGGAGUUCCAGGAUUUCUUGCCAACAAUGGCGGAGAAAUUGGGGGGACAGGAUUUUAUGGCGGAAUUGUGUAAUGGGUUUCGGCUUCUAGCAGAUCCCCAAUUGGGCGUGAUUACUUUGGAAAGCCUGAGGAAAAAUUCUGCUGCUUUGGGGUUGGAUUCUUUGACGGAUUCAGAACUCCAGGCGAUGGUGCAGGAAGGAGAUCUGGAUUGUGAUGGGGCUCUGAAUCAAAAUGAAUUUUGUGUGUUGAUGAUUAGAUUGAGCCCUUCUUUCAUGGAUGAGGCUGAGAAAUGGCUUGAGAUGGCUCUGGUUCAGGAAUUUGAGGAAACCAUGAGGUCUUGUAACAAUUAAAGAUGGAUUUUUGUCUGCCCUGCAUAUGGCAGCUUAUAUUGUACUGGGUGAUUGGAAAAACUCCCAAAAUUGAAAUAGCGAUGAGGGUUUUUGAA